AUGACAGCCCAGAACCUGCGUUGGCUGGAACUUAACACCCGCGGCCCGUCGGACGGCGUAUCCUUUGGCAUGCCGUGGCCCAAGGGUCUCUACUACCCCGGCCAGGACUUUGUCAUCCAAGGUUCCACAAGCAGGGACUGCUGGUCUCUGGACUCGAGAGAGAUUGCAUUCUGGUCCGAUGGCUCACUCAAGUGGACUGCUCACUCGAUCAGUGCCGAGGUGGAGUAUUCGGAGGGGUACACUGUCAGGGGCGCCACUGCCGUCACUUCAACCCCCAAUGAUGGCCUCUACGUUUCCGACAGACGGGUCCAUGUAUUGGUGACCACUUCGCUCGGUCUGCGGGUUAGCAUUUCUCGCAACCAGCCCCAGUCAUUCCUUGAAUCUGUGUCGAUCAAUGGCCGGACUGUAUGCUCAGGUGGCACCAUAGUCGCCUCGGUCAGCGGAGAGACAUACUCGACCACGGUGAAGCAGGUCUCCAUCGAGAACUGCACAUUUAGCCGAGUGGUCGUCAGGGUCUCGGGGGCCGUCGUAGCUGCCUCCGGGCAGGAGCAUCUCCCUUUCGACGUGCGCGUCUACGUGCACUCUCACAGCCAGUCGCUGCGCAUCGUCCACUCCUUCGUGCACGAUCUGGAAGGUCAUGAACCGCUGACGUCUCUGGGGAUCCGAUUCACUGUCCCGCUCAAUGCCACGGAGCUCCACAACAGACAUGUCAGACUCGGGGGUUCGGGCGGCGGUAUCUUGAAGGAGGAGGUCCGCGGCCUCUCAGGUCUCCGUUUCGGCCCCAGCACUCGGAACAGGAUUGACCAGACUGCUGGCAGGCCGGUGACACUCAAUGCGGCCGAAUGGGAGCAUUCGGGUCUCACACGAGGCCUGGCUAGUGUCCCGUCGUGGAGCCACUACUCCCUCGCCCAGCUGUCGUCGGACGGGCAUACUAUCAAGAAACGCACCAGACCUGGCUGCUCCUGGGUGAAGGUAACCGGAGGCGGCAGAGCAGACGGCACUUCCUAUGUCGGCUCUGCAGUCCACGGUGGCCUUGCCGUAGGAAUGAGCAACUUCUGGGAGCGCUACCCGACGCAGAUCGAACUCGCGGACCUGACGAGUCCCGAGGGAGCCAUAACGAUGUGGCUGUACUCACCCCUGGCUGAGCCUCUGGAGACGAUGCCCUACCACGAUGGUCUAGGGCUCGAUACGUACGAGAAGCAGCUGGAGGGCCUCAACGUCACAUAUGAGGAUUACGAGCCGGGUUUCGCGACGGCCAACGGAAUUGCCCGGUCGAACCAGCUCUUCAUCAGACCUUUCAGUGCGACUCCCAGCAACGAGCAGCUCAGCUCCUUUUCGGCUCUUGUCCGCGAGCCUGCUCGCCUCGUUCCAACAGCCGAUCACAUGUACUCUACGGGCGUUUUUCACGGCUGUUGGUCGCCCGAUUAUCGCAUCCUCGGCCAUGUCCCGUCAAAGAGGGAGUUGGCUAUUGAAGAGAGGCUGGACCUCCUGUUCAACUAUUACAAAGAACAGGUGGAGCAGCACCGGUGGUACGGCUUCUGGGAUCACGGCGAUGUCCAGCACACGUACGACUCCUACCGUCACGCCUGGAGAUAUGAUGUCGGCGGAUAUGCGUGGGACAACUCGGAGCUUUCGACGGACAUGUGGCUGUGGCUGUACGCCUUGCACACAGGUCGGGCGGACGUCUUUAGGAUGGCCGAGGCCAUGAUCCAGCACACCGGCGAAGUCGACGUCUAUCACGCUGGGGAGUUCAAGGGGUUCGGUACACGCCAUGGUGUUCAGCACUUCAGUGACAGCUCCAAGCAGCUGCGGAUAUCGCACGCCCUCUUCAGGCGCAUCUACUAUUACCUCUCGGGUGACGAGCGCACGGGCGACCUCUUGUCUGAGCUGGAAGGCUGUCAGUUCGCACUCCUGAAACUAGACUCUCAUCGCAAGGUUCAGCAGCAUGCCCCUGUCCCCAACGGCUUUGCCAUGGUCAACAUCGGGCUCGACUGUGGGCCCUUGGCAGCGUCGUGGCUGACAGCCUGGGAGCGGCGCAACGCCGGUUGGGAACACUCGAGGGACCUCUUGAUAGGGCUCUUCAAGGGGCUCUCCGGGACCUCGCACGGCAUCGCCAACAAUGCCGUCCUCCUAGACCCGGAGACGGGCGAGGUGCGCGAGUGUGCGCCCCCGACCCCGGACUUUGCCAUAUCUCAUCUAUCCAUGCUGUUUGGAUUUCCCGAGAUCUUCACUGAGGCGCUCGACUACGCCAAGGAGGAGUACUCGUCCGACGUCGAGACGUUCAAGAAGAAAGUGUGGCUCCCGUACUGUCGGGCGUAUAAUGGUGGGCCCGCAGUCCAGAUGGCCGAGUACGGUCGCGAGUUCCCACCCACGGGGUGGAAUCAGAGCCACUCGACGCUGACGGCCCUGGCAGCCGCAGAACAGGGAAGUGGUGACCUCGCAAGGGCCGCAUGGGACCAGUUCCAUGCUACGGAUGGGUACACCGAGGCCCAUGACUGGACUAUCGUCCGAACACGGCCGCCCGAAUGCCUGGCUGAUGGGAGGGAGGCGUCCUGGAAUACGACCAACGAGACGGCUCGGUAUGGCGUGUCAGCCUUGGUCAAUCUUGCCAACAUACGGAAGUUCCUGUGA